GAUAGUCUCUGACAGCUGCAUAGAGGUUCAGCCUGGACUAGGAAAACUAGAUUUAUGAAGAACGCUUCCCGUGAAUUCAUGGUGUUUCAUCCUAUAUACGACUGAGGUACCAAACUUGUUGGAUUGUUGUUUUGGGACCAAAAAUGACAUCUAUCAUCAAACUAACUACCCUCUCGGGGGUUCAGGAAGAGUCUGCUCUCUGCUAUCUCCUGCAAGUUGACGAGUUUCGGUUUCUCCUGGACUGUGGCUGGGAUGAGCACUUUUCUUUGGAUAUUAUAGACUCCCUGAGGAAGCAUGUUCACCAGAUCGACGCGGUGCUGCUGUCGCACCCUGACCCUCUGCAUCUCGGCGCCCUCCCGUACGCCGUCGGGAAGCUGGGGCUGAACUGCGCCAUCUACGCGACCAUUCCUGUCUACAAGAUGGGACAGAUGUUCAUGUACGAUCUUUAUCAGUCUCGACACAAUACAGAAGACUUUACGCUCUUCACGUUAGAUGACGUGGAUGCAGCCUUUGACAAAAUACAGCAGUUAAAAUUCUCUCAGAUAGUGAAUUUGAAAGGUAAAGGACAUGGCUUGUCCAUCACACCUCUGCCUGCUGGUCAUAUGAUAGGUGGAACAAUAUGGAAAAUCGUCAAAGAUGGAGAAGAAGAAAUUGUCUAUGCAGUUGACUUUAACCACAAGAGGGAGAUCCACUUAAAUGGAUGUUCCCUGGAAAUGCUAAGCAGACCCUCCCUGCUUAUCACAGAUUCAUUUAAUGCUACGUAUGUGCAGCCUCGGAGAAAACAGAGAGACGAGCAACUUCUGACAAAUGUCCUGGAGACACUUCGAGGCGAUGGAAAUGUGUUAAUAGCAGUGGACACUGCAGGCAGAGUUUUGGAACUUGCGCAACUCCUUGAUCAGAUCUGGAGAACUAAAGAUGCGGGGCUAGGGGUCUACUCGCUGGCACUCCUCAAUAACGUCAGCUACAACGUGGUGGAGUUUUCUAAGUCCCAGGUAGAAUGGAUGAGUGACAAGUUGAUGAGAUGUUUUGAAGACAAAAGAAAUAAUCCAUUUCAGUUCCGCCACCUCUCUCUGUGCCACGGCCUCUCUGACCUGGCCCGGGUACCAAGCCCUAAAGUGGUGCUUGCCAGCCAGCCCGACCUGGAAUGUGGAUUCUCGAGGGAUCUCUUUAUUCAGUGGUGUCAGGACCCUAAAAACUCCAUCAUUCUAACCUACAGAACUACUCCCGGGACGUUAGCACGGUUCCUAAUUGAUAAUCCUUCUGAAAAAAUUACAGAAAUAGAGUUGAGGAAGCGUGUGAAGCUUGAAGGGAAAGAACUUGAAGAAUACUUGGAAAAAGAGAAACUGAAGAAAGAAGCUGCGAAAAAACUUGAGCAGUCGAAAGAGGCAGACAUAGACUCCAGUGACGAGAGUGACGUGGAGGAGGACAUUGACCAGCCCUCUGCUCACAAGACCAAGCAUGACCUGAUGAUGAAAGGUGAAGGGAGUCGUAAAGGAAGUUUCUUCAAACAGGCUAAGAAGUCUUAUCCUAUGUUUCCUGCCCCAGAAGAAAGAAUUAAAUGGGAUGAAUAUGGAGAAAUUAUCAAACCAGAGGAUUUCUUAGUGCCAGAACUUCAAGCAACUGAAGAAGAGAAAAGCAAAUUAGAAUCUGGCUUGACAAAUGGGGACGAACCCAUGGAUCAGGAUCUGUCUGAUGUCCCCACUAAGUGUGUUUCCACCACAGAGUCUGUUGAAAUAAAAGCUAGGGUCACGUACAUAGACUAUGAAGGCCGCUCUGAUGGGGACUCCAUUAAGAAGAUCAUCAAUCAGAUGAAACCACGACAGUUGGUCAUCGUCCACGGGCCGCCGGAGGCCAGUCAGGACCUCGCCGAGUGCUGCCGUGCGUUUGGUGGGAAAGAUAUCAAGGUGUACGUGCCAAAGCUACACGAGACCGUCGACGCCACUAGUGAGACUCACAUCUACCAGGUGAGACUGAAAGACUCGCUGGUCAGCUCCCUUCAGUUCUGUAAAGCAAAAGAUGCCGAGCUAGCUUGGAUAGAUGGAGUCCUAGACAUGAGGGUGUCCAAAGUGGACACAGGCGUGAUCCUAGAGGAAGGGGAGCUGAAGGACGACGGAGAGGACUCAGAAAUGCCAGUGGACGCGCCUUCAGACCCCAGCGCCCUGGCGCAGCAGAAGGCCAUGAAGAGCCUGUUUGGGGAUGACGAAAAGGAAACGGGGGAAGAAAGUGAGAUCAUCCCGACUUUGGAGCCCUUACCCCCCCACGAGGUUCCUGGACAUCAGUCAGUUUUUAUGAAUGAACCGAGACUGUCAGACUUCAAACAAGUUCUUUUACGGGAGGGGAUUCAAGCUGAAUUUGUAGGGGGCGUACUUGUUUGCAACAAUCAAGUAGCAGUCCGCAGGACGGAAACUGGCCGCAUUGGAUUAGAAGGCUGCCUUUGUCAGGAUUUUUAUCGGAUAAGAGACCUUUUGUAUGAACAGUAUGCCAUUGUGUAAAGGACGGGAUGUCAAGAAGUAUCUGCCUGACCUUUCUAAGAAAAAUGGGUUCUUAUCCUAAGCUUUUGCUUUAUUUGUUUUGUAACAUACAAAAAAGAAUCGCCAGAAAAAUCUAACAUGCAUUCGAUUUUUUAAAAAUGUAAAUAGAGUCCGUUUCGCUGAUGCUCAAAUGAGCAUUCUACCUUUGGACUUUCAGAAUGACAGAGGCUCUGACAAGUGUGCAGGCCGGAGUGCUGAAGAUUAGUGGUUUCCUCGACAGAUGCCUCACUCUAGAAGGGCUUUUACUUGGAUAAGACAGUGCAGCUUAGCAAACCAGCUCAUGGCCUUAGAGAAACAUGUUUGCAUGAGCUCUUGCAAACGGUUUCUUACGCAUUCUGGAUUGAAAAGUGAGAAUUAUUUAGAAAAGAUGUGUGCUAUAUAAAAAAAACGGAUGAAACCGUUUUUUUGAGGCCUGUGUGUUUAAAAAACAAAAAACAAAGCGUGUGCUCAGACUCGUAGGAAUUCUGAUAUGCAGUUGGGACGUGUCUUCUUUCCCUCGCCUGCAUUUCCCGGGCAUUCACUCUAGUGUGAGCUGGUACACAUUUGGGUCAGAAAUCAAGUUCUAUUUCUCCCAUUUCCUGUUUUAUCAGGAUUUUGUUGUUCAGUCUGAAUGAUAACACCACCAUUUGAAUAUACACAGUGCAAAAGAACUCCUUGAUGCAUACAUUUAGAAACAUCUUAGCUCUCAGCAAGGUUACUUUAUUGGAAACUGUUGCGUGUCUGUUUUUAAGGAAACAAAUGCUGAACCUAUUUUUAUAAGGUAAGAGUAUAAUUCAAUCAAAAGUGUGAAUGUUUUCAUCCCUUAGGCUUGCUCACUCCUAGGGAUCCUGAAGCGGUGGCUGCAUUUUAUGUACCUGGCUACAGAAAUAAUACUGAAGUUGGAUGAGGUCCUCCUGCGUUCCUGUCUGUGUUCGGGCUAGCAGCCCUGGCAUAGUAAAAACCACUUACUGUGUGUUUAAGAGUAAAAGAUGAAUAUAUGCAAUUCUCGUUGAACUUGAAAAUGAAAAUCGUGUUGCCCCAUUGUAAUCUGUUGAUGCUUUUUCAGUGUGUGACUUGAUCACGGCAGUCCGUGAGCUUUAUUUCCUGAGUCAUUUAAGCCCUCCUCUUCAUACUUAGCGGUUUUAGAAGGAUCAUUCUUGUUUAACUUCUGUGGAUCUAUGUAUAGUACCUGCCAGGGAUACCAGACUAGAAUUAUAAUUUCAUUCAAAGCUUACAAAGAAUUUAUUGUGGGUUAUAGUGCUAAAUGCAAAGUUACAGUUUUCUGAUACUGAAAACCAGAUACGCAAAACAACAUUAUAGAAGAUGAUGGCGAAGAGUAUGUUUUCUUUGUAGAGCUUUGAAAAAAACUUCCCUUAAAUUCUUGUCACUGAAGAGAGGGAUCCUAGAAUCCUGUUUCUAUUCCAGGGGAAAGAAAGUCUGCAUUUGUUACAGUGCUUGAAGCAUCUGGUUAUACAUAUUACGUUGCAAUCCCGAUAUUGAAAACUGGUUUCUUGUUUAGCCUUUUUAUUGUCCUCUGAACAGGAAUGAAAUCUUCAAGUACUGCUUGAAGAUGGCUGUGCUAGCUACUGUUAGUGCAAGAGCAGGACUUUGACCUCUUCCUAGAUGACAGUAUGACUGAACUUUCUAGAAUGAAGACAUUUGUUUAACCUUGGUUACUUAAGAAAAGUAUAAAUGUCAACAAGGACUAUAGAUAAAUCAUGAACUCAGAGGAACUUUCAGAACUUUGUUUAAAGGCAAAAUAAGUGGAAGUGGACCUUCAGCUGAUAUGUAUAAAUAACUGUGUUAAAAAGAAAUUUUAGUGUCCUGUUUGUUACAAUGAGAUUAUAAAUGUCAAGUUUCAGUACAA